CAAAUAUGCACACACACACAUUCCACCAGUGAUUGCUCUCGCAGCGUCUUGAGUCGUACGUGCGUUUGGAUGUAGCAGUGAGGCUCCGCGCAGCGAUGGUGUGAGUGAGGAGACGCUACAGACAACUUGAGUUAACAUGAGACCAGUCACACAGAGAUGUCAACACCGCCUAGUUAGCGAUAACUCAGUGGCAAUGGGGAUCUAAAGGAGAGUCGAGGGCUCUCCUCUCAGGGACAGACUUCUGCAGCCCUUUGCUGACCACUGGCCUGCCUGGCAUCCUUCAUCCAUAUCAUUGCUCUUUUCAUCCUCCCAUUCAUUCUCCCUGUCAUGAAAGGCCUGUCAAGUAGUCGGAGUCACCAUCACGUGGUCUCCUAUGAACCCUUGUAUGAUCCACUGGGUCACCAUGUUGACCGCAAGCCAUAUUUGAUCAGUCAGAUGGACAUGCCCGUGCCCGUCCCUAUCCCACAUCCAUCUGAGCUGCCGUACUACAAUGCUCAGCGCACCUCGUACCCUUCUGACACCAACAGCAUCGUACCAUAUGGAACCUUCCCAAGGAGGUGUCACUCAACCUCCUCAUCUCACCAUCCUGAGGUAAAGGAUGAGUGUAUGGCCAUGGUUCCAUAUGUAGGAGGAGGAGGAGGAGGAGGAGGAGGAGGAGGAGGCUAUGGAGGCAAAACGCCCACCCGGGUACCAGCACACUUUGCGGACCCGUUUGAGCGUCAGCCUUCAUUUUCCAGAGAUGGCUACCACACGCUGCAGUACAAACGAGGAGUGCUGGCCCACAGUGGGGGGAUGGGGGCCAACAACAACAACAAUGACAGCCCAGGGAGAAUUCGUCACCUGGUCCACUCAGUCCAGAAACUCUUCACCAAGUCACACUCACUGGAGGGUCCACACCACACACAGUCCUCUAAAGGGGGCAAUAAUGGGAGCAUUAAUGGUGGUGGUGGUGGUGGUGGUGGAGGAGGAGGAGGUGGUGGUGGUUCACGGGCCAGCACAGAAGGUGAAACUCCACCAGUGGGAGUGCGCCAUCGGAAGCGCAGCAAGAGCCGCGAGCGCUGUCGUUCAGCCGAGCCCAAGCAUCGCAGCCACCACCACCACCAGCUACACGGCUCCGCAUCUGCUCCGGGCUCCGGAUACUGGAGCUCAGAUGACAACCUGGAACGGGAGCUGUGUCUCUACCACCCUCACCACCACCAACCUCCACCCUCACCCGCGCCCUCCAUUUCCCCCUCACCCAUUGCCAUGACAAUGGGCCGGUACCCCAGCAACAACCCUGACAAGUUUCCCCAGACUCCCCUCCCCAGUCUCUCCUCCUCACAGUCCCAGCAGUACUUCAUGAUGGACCCUUACAGCACUCUCAGUGAGCACACACACACUCAUGCACACCAUGGCCAUACACACCACCAUUCUGCACUCAAAGUCUCCCGGAGCAGCAACGAUGUGAAGUAUUCAGCGCCAUCAUCGGCAUGUGUGCCAAUUAGUGGUAGCAGCAAUAACAGCGGUGGAGGUAUCGGUGGAGGAAGUGGUCCCUUGCUGCCGCUGGGUCUUGUGGACGGGCCCCUUGUGAAGAAAGGGGCGUGGUCAUCAAGCCUAACGGUGAGCAGGGCCCAAGAGGUCUACACCAACACCAGCCACAGCCAGCUACGAGCCAGCGCAGGAUCCGGUAACCUAAACCUAGAUAGAGCUCUAGUCAAAUCUAAGGGCAGUCAGCAGCAGGAGCGCUCUUGCCAUUUCUUACAGGUGCCCCAGGAUGAGUGGAGUGGCUUCUCUCCUCUUGGAAAGGAGGAUGACAUCCCCUGUCGGCGGAUGAGAAGUGGCAGCUAUGUCAAAGCCAUGGCUGAGGAUGACAGCGGAGACUCUGAUGGGAGUCCCAAACCGUCCCCCAAGAUGCAGGCACGUCGGGCCAGCUACCUGAAAGCUACACAGCCGUCACUGACCGAGAUGACCACUCUACAGAUUUCCACGGAGCAUUCUCCCAAACUGCAGAUUCGGAGCCACAGUUACCUACGUGCGGUGAGUGAGGUUUCAAUCAAUAGAAGCCUGGACACCCUGGACCCCAAAACCUUGCUCGACCCAAAAUCACUGCUGUCCUCACCCCAAUAUCGUUCUCGCAAUGAAAGCUACAUGAGGGCCAUGAGCACCAUCAGUCAGCUGAGUGAGUUGGAGGUGAAUGGGCAGAUUGAGCAGGUGUGUGAGCAGGUUUAUAGUGCCCUACAGUCCCAGGCCAUGGAGACUGCUAUGGAUAGCAUGGAUACCAUGGACACGCUGCCAAUGCCAGGAUGCUUCCGGAUGCGGAGUCACAGCUAUGUGAGGGCGAUUGACCAAGGCUGUGCUGGGGAGGAGGAAGGAGAAGGAGGGAGACCGCUGCUCCUGCUGCCCUCCUCCCCACCGCGCACAUCUGCCACGACCGUCAGGACCAUCCAGAGCAGCACAGUUUCAUCUUGCAUCACCACUUACAAGAAAACCCCUCCACCAGUGCCACCCCGAACCUCCACCUGCUCCACAGCCUCCAAGCCCUACAUCUCCAUUACAGCUCAGAGCAGCACAGAGUCCGCACAGGAUGCAUACAUGGAGGAGGAGGGACCCAGAGGUGACAUGACCAUCCAGUCUGGGUUGAGCAACUCUACAGAAAGCAUUGACAGCAUGAAGGCCCUGACUGCUGCUAUAGAAGCAGCUAAUGCACAGGUCCAUGGACCAGCCAGUCAGCAUGUCAGUAACAGCACCAUGACAGUCAGCACCCCCCACUCAUCAGUCCUGAGCAGGGGGCCACUUGUUGAAGACCACCAGGAUGAAUACAGGAAAGAAGUGCUCAGGAAGGGCAAAUGUCUCUCUAUAGGCAUCCAGGUGGAUGGACCAGAGGAGGUUCCUGAUUCAGAGGACCCAUCUAAGUUUAUGUCUGUAGGUGUUCAAGUGGAGGAUGACAGAGGGUAUCGUCGGUUCCAGCGCUCCAACAGUGUUACAGCAGCUGUACAGGCAGAUCUGGACAUGCCCGACUUGCUGGACACCCCUCUGGACUCCCUUGAGACUGAUAUGGAGGUCCUUUCAUCUAGUGCCCUUGCUAGACAAUACUCCCGCGAUGCCGCCACCUCCACUGUCAGCAUCCAGGGAUCAGGGAACCACUACCAUGCCUGUGCCUCCGAUGAAUAUGAAGAUGUGGGCUUCGACCCGUCCAUCCUUCCUCCUCCAGACCCUUGGAUAGACAGUGUAACAGAUGACCCACUUGAUGUCAACUUUAACAGCUCUUCUAUACUAGAGGUGGUACAGCGGUCAGUGUGUCAGAGAGAUGGACGCUGGUUCCUGAAACUGCUGCAGGCUGAAACUGACCGCAUGGAGGGCUGGUGUCGACAGAUGGAACUUGACCAACGAGAGAAUGACUUGCCUGAAGACAUCCUGGGGAAGAUGAGGAGCGCCGUAGGAAGUGCUCAGCUCCUGAUGUCGCAGAAGUUCCAGCAGUUCAGGGAGUUGUGUGAGGAGAACCUGAACCCAAAUGCCCACCCUCGACCUGUAGCCUCUGACCUGGCAGGGUUUUGGGACAUGCUCCAGCUGUCGAUUGAGAACAUUAGCCUGAAGUUUGAUGAGCUUCACCAGCUCAGAGCCAAUAACUGGAGACCUCUAGAUCCACCUGAAAGAAAGUGAAGGUGUUUGCAAACAGCCACACAUCAGUCAGCAUCACUGCAAUGCCAAAACCUCUGGGUCUCCGUGCAUCUAUCACAUCUGCCUUUCCAUUCCUCUGACCUUCCUUCCUCAGUUCCUUCCUUCCUUCCUACAACUGCCUCAGCAUGUGCAUUUUUGUUUUGAUUUUAAGAACAUUUUGCAAUGUGGGUCAAACUUGACACAGCAGGUUCACAGGAGACGUAAAAAUAAACACAUACAUUAACGACUAAUAACUGUAAAACACUAAAACGUGGGUGUGUUUGAACUGGUUUACUCACCGACAGAUCUGCUUACCUGCUUUAACUGUGCUCAGUAGCUCAGUAAAUGCCAGUAUUCACAGUAAAACAAACUAACUUAGACUGUGGUCAAACUUGUCAGAAAGAGAGUACAAAAACCCAAAAUGAACAUAAGUCACAAUCAUGUCAUCUCUUUAGUUUAUUGAACUAUUUCAUCUUUUACAUUCUGGGAGAAUAGUGUUAACUUGGGAGUGCAGUGUUAUCAUGCCUUCAGUGUGAUAAUAUGACCACAAAGAUGUAGAGAGAAAUGACAUUGAUCCUGUUUACUUGUGUUUAUGUUCAAUUCAAUUUGAUUUCAAUGUUUUUUGUAUAGCCCCAAUUUAUGACUUAUAUUAUCUCCAUUACAAUUAUUACAGAGGGACACAAUGGGCACCAACAGUGGAGAGAGAAAUCUCUGUCAGAGUGUGCAAACUGCCAAAUGAAAACACACCCUGACACAAUAUAGACGUGCAUGCAAUCAAGUAGAGUUGUCUAUUUUUAACACUUAAAAAUCUACUGUGCAUGAAUCAGAGCUCUGAGGAGCCGCAACACACACAAGCACUUUCAGCAUAACAACUCAUAUACGAAUCUGUCAAAAGCAGAAAACAAGUUAAGAAUCUCAACAAAAGAAAGAUAUCAGUAACACUGGGCAGCACACACACACACACACACACUCACACACACACACAUACGUGCGUGUCUGUGUUUUCCCUGAAAUGUUUUGCCCUCCCUCCCCUGCCACCCUCUCC